AUGGCCAUCAACCCGAACGAGGAUACAGAGUUCAACGAGGCCCUACGAAAGCACGGCAUCCUCCCUCCACGCGAACAGACUCCUCCUUCUCCCUCGCCACCUCCAUCGCCCACACUUGACGAUAUCCUUGACGACUUCACACCAUCGGAGCUUCAAGAGCUCGGGGAAGAUGCGCACGAUGAUGAUGCUGAACGCUACAUUGCCGCGUAUCGCCAGCGUGUCCUCACUGAGAUGAAGAAGGAUACAAACAAAGCACGCUUCGGUCAAUUGUAUCCCAUUGGCAGGGACGAUUAUACGCGAGAAGUGACGGAUGCUAGUAAGGCAGACGAGCCAGGGGAGGAGGACAAAAAGGGCACCGGGGUUGUUUGCUUCCUUUACAAAGACGGGAUACCUCGUAGCGAUCGGGCUUAUGAGCAUGUGAGAGCCAUAGCUGCUCGCCAUCCGCGAACAAAAUUCGUUUCCAUCGUAGGAGAUAAAUGUCUCCCCAACCUCCCCGACUCCAGAGUUCCAAUGUUCAUAGUAUACAGAGGGGGCGAGAUCCGGACACAGAUCGUAUCUUGGGGAGCCGAUCGUGAGCGACGCGUUGAAGGUUUGCCCCAAUUUUCUGUUAUACUCCAGAGACUGACAUGCGACGAUAGAAUUGGAAGCGAUGUUCAUCAUGUGCGGCGCCAUUAUACCACCUGA